AUGGCCGAGGAGAUCAAAGGAUACGCGGACUGCGACGAAUGGAAGCAUUUCUAUGCUGCAAUCAAGACUGUCUACUGUCCCACAGCCAAAGGCACCGUUCCUCAUCUCAGCGCUGAUAGAACGACCCUGCUAAUAGAGAAGCUGCAAAUUUUUCAGCGAUGGGCCGAACACUUCCGAGGCGUUCUCAACCGUCUCUCCACCACCUCCGAUGCCGCCACCGCUCGUCUAUCUCAGGUGGAGACCAACACUGAUCUCGACCUCUCAAAGAAACCACCAGGGUCCUGCAGUGGCUAUGCAGCCGGAAAGCGUUUGGAUCGGACGCAAUUACUGCUGAGAUCUACAGACACGGCGGCACCCAACUCAUGA